GAGGUAUACGCAGAGAGAAGAUGGCGCCGCCCGGGAAGCAACAUGCGAGUGGUGCUUGCGUGAUUCCAGGAGGAUUCACAGUGUUGUCGCUGAAGUUCAGAUCGAGUAGCAGUGCUCAGCAUCAGUUAUGUGUGAAGGAACACCGGGUCCGUGCGGAGAAGAACAGCAACCGGCCACUGGACCGGACUCUGUUCGUCCUCAACAUCCCCCCAUACUGUUCAGAGAGUGUGGUAAAGGGCAUGUUUUCCCAGUUUGGACCAGUCCAGUCUGUGGAGCUGAGUGAGAAACCUGGACCCAAAGAAGCAGAAAAUACCCUGUCCCAGUACUUCAAAACAGCAGGCAGACAGUGUUUUAAGGUGGGAUACAUCGUGUUUAAAGAAGCCUCCAGUAUAGCGGCGGCUAAAUCCCAUCCCCUUAAUUCUCCACUGUUGGUCUCCAACAGCAAGAAACCAGUUCGAGUCGGCCUGCAGAAGUGGAUCCAUGAAUACACUCAGUCGAUCGUGAAGCAGGACGCUCUGCAGGAGGCCGUGGAUGAAUUCAUGAACCAGUACGACAAGACGAAAGAGGAGGAGGUGGAGCGUCUUCAGAAAGAGGCGGAGCAGCAGCAGGAGGAUGAAGAGGGUUGGGUUAAAGUGACAAAGGGUGGCAAAGGCACUAAGGCCCGCCCACAUAGUGAAGUGGCCAAUCAGAAGACGCUUCAGAAAGAAGACAAGAAGAAGAGGAGAAAGGAGCUGGUGAACUUUUACACGUGGCAACGGCGGGAUACGCAGAGAGAACAUAUCGCACAGCUGAGGAAGAAGUUUGAGGAGGAUAAGCAGCGCAUUGCUCUUCUCCGAGCACAGAGAAAGUUCAGACCCUACUGAACUACAUUACCCACAAACCUCUACAUUGCGUGUUUUCCUCUGUUUUGAACCUUACCCACUGGCCCAAGCAGAGCAGGGUGUAUGGACCAAUCCGACCAGAGCUCAUUUCAGUGUAUCAGUGUAAAGGGAACAAUAAGCAUGAGGGAUGAUGAAAGAGGCUGGUAUAGAGAUGAAUUAUGACUUAUGAAUAGAGAAAUAUUAAUCUGAGCCGGGUAUUGACUGUAUUGUACCUCUGAAGGAUUGUUUACACUGUUUGUAACUUGUUGAGCAAAAAUGUACCUGUUGGAAUGAACAUUUAAAGUCACACGGCCCUUCUUGGAUAUAUUCAGACAUUCAGACUGUAUUAGGAGUCUCUGCUCUGAUACCCUUACUACGGCUGAUUAAGGGCUGGAUGGGUUAAUGUUGAACCCCCGCAGUCCUGCAGUCGGACCCCUGCCUGCCUGUUGUGUGUCUGUUUAAUAAAGGUCAGAUUUUUACUCAC